AUGUCGGACCUCAGCUUUCUGGCUCUCACCACAAAGCCAUCGGCUCAGCUUAGCUUCACCUUUUCAGCCCCCUCUGAGACGCCCAACCCUGUGCUUGUUGUCUUUCUGAAUGGUCUAGGUCUUCCUCAAGCCUUUUGGCAGCCAAUCAUUACUCAACUCAAAGACCGUCGGAAAGACAGCAUCCUUCCCGCUUUCGUUACCUAUGAUAGGUUCGGCCAAGGCCAAACUACAGAUCGAGACCCUCAAGACGCUGGCGCAGAAGACCCUACUCAUGGCCAUGACUGUCUUGCAUCUGUCCGCGAUCUGCAUCAGUUCCUCACUCAGAUCUCCAGCGAUAAGCUUGGCCUGGAUUUAGAAUCCGUGCCUUUGGUCUUAGUUGGUAACUCAAUUGGUUGCGCACUAGCUCGGCUUUUUGCCCAAGAAUAUUCCGGCACCGUUGCCGCACUGCUAUUACUAGACAGUGUGCUAGCAAACUCGGACUUUGUCUCCGUCUUCCCUGACCCAGACGCUGCCGAUUUCGACCCUGCAAGUAUCGCUCCGAUCCCUGUGGAAGCGAUCAAAGCCGUUCGAGCUGGUGCUCGUCGUAUCUUCCACCCGGAUGUUGGCAAUAAAGAGGGUCUUAGCCGACGAAACCUUCGUGAACUUCUUCCCGAUAGUGAUGGUCCUUUGCUUAAGGGUCCCAAUGGUAAUAAGCCCUAUGUUACAGUGGUAGGCCAUGAUUUCGAUGCUUUUGCUGAGGAGUCGGCGAGGAUGGGCCCGCCGAAGCCUGUUACCAACCGCUUUGUCAAUCCUUACUGGCAGCGCUAUAAUGAGGAUCUUGCUAAGAUCACGGCGCCCGAAUUCAGCAAGGGCCCUAUUAUUGCACCGGGUGCUGGUCAUUUUGUGCAGAAAGAUAACCCAGAAUUUGUUGUGCAGGAAUUGAAUGAGCUACUUGAGAAGGUCCUGUGA